AAUAGCUUCAUUAGGCCCAAUUCGAUUGUUGACAGUGAGCAUGUUUACAAACAAACAAACAGUCGUUCCAGGUACCGAACAGGUGUAAGGUACGCGAAGCAUGCGCACUCGGACUCCUGGUUGAACAAACGGACAGGGGGUUAAAAUGGGUGGGUCGCGUGGGGUAGGGUCACUCCACUCCCUGACCACGAGAAAUUAACAUCAAAAUCUGACCUCUGCUUUGUUUCUCAUCAAAAGUCGCACUUGAAGUCUCCGAUUGGAAGCGUCUAUUUCAGAAGACGCCAGUAAGAAAAACGGACGUGGAAGCAUGUUUGGACUUUUGUUGAAGUGGUGUUUCCUAGUAAUUGUUAUCACACAAUGUGCUGGUCAAAAGAAAGAUCGACAACAGCAGAAGGAAAACGCAACAAUGUCUGUGAUCAAACCUUGCUGCGUGGAGGGUGUCAUGAAAUUCGACCUGAGUUCCCGUUCUCAGUCUCCCAUUCCAAGUAACGUCGCCAACAUGGAAGUCGUAUAUGAUAGGUCAUCUCGUCCCAGACAGAAAUGUAGCCGUGAGAUUGUCAUCAGGGCGAAUUUUGAAAAAAACUAAAUGCGGCUGUCGAGUUCCUCCAGAUUGUGGAAGGAAGAUGCUGAGAAUCGAUAUGGACAUCAGUUAUAAUCGAGGAGCAUACUUGUUUGCAAUGGGAGAUAGCGUUUCCAAUGAUGGCUGGGGUGGCGACAGCAGUGACCAGCAGAACGAUGCCGAGUUUUUCGGAUAUGGCGACUUCUUCUUUUUGUUCAAGGGAGACAAAUGUCUGGCUAAUUCUUCGUACACGACGCUGUUCUCUGGUUCACUGACACCGAACGUCUUCAACCACGUCACAGUCUUCGUAAGCAAUGAACAUGUCCGUAUCCUAACUGACGCUGGUCAAGUGGAUGAACAAGUCUGUGACCAGUGCCUUUACGCUUUAGCUGGACAGUCAGACAGUAGCAGUGGAGGUAUAAACGAAGAUGUCUACGUGUCGUUUAACCGGAUGAUACGUACGAGCUCUGGGCGGAUCGGAUUCGGAGUUUGCUCUGCGACUGUCCAGUGGGUUUGUCCAUAUACAUUCGACAACUGAAUUAACAUUCACUUUCUUGUUUGCGAGCUUCAAGCUUCCUACUGCUUUUCUAUUGCGAGAGUGUAAAUUAAUUUUGAAGAUGUAUGUUACGUGUCGUUUAUCAGACCAUAU